AUGAAGCGACAAAACGCAAGGACUCUCGCUUUAAUUGUUUGCACUCUGUCCUACUUGUUAAUUGGAGCGGGCGUUUUCGACGCUUUGGAGUCCAAGCAUGAAAAAAGCAUGAAAAGAAAAUUGGAUUAUCGGAAAUUCGAACUGAUGAGAAAAUAUAAUUUGUCAAAAAUCGACUUUGAUGAGCUGGAAAAGGUUGUGUUGCUACUGAAACCACACAAAGCUGGAGUGCAGUGGAAGUUCGCCGGAUCUUUUUACUUCGCCAUCACGGUGAUUACCACAAUAGGUUAUGGCCACGCGGCUCCGAGCACUGAUGCAGGGAAAGCAUUUUGCAUGUGCUACGCUCUCCUGGGGAUCCCACUCACUUUGGUGAUGUUCCAGAGCCUGGGCGAACGCAUCAACACGUUCGUCCGUUUCCUCCUACACAAAGCAAAGAAGUGCGUGGGCCUGCGCCGCACCCAGGUGUCUAUGGCAAACAUGGUGACCAUUGGCUUCUUUUCUUGUGUUGGAACUUUGUGUUUCGGAGCAGCUGCCUUCUCCCAUUAUGAAGGUUGGAGCUUCUUCCACGCUUUCUAUUACUGCUUCAUCACCCUCACCACCAUCGGCUUUGGUGAUUAUGUGGCGCUACAGAGGGACAAUGCCCUUCAGAACGAUCCCCAUUAUGUGGCGUUCAGUUUCGUCUACAUCCUGAUGGGACUGACGGUAAUCGGAGCCUUCCUGAAUCUGGUGGUGCUUCGUUUCAUGACAAUGAACGCAGAGGAUGAGAGACGGGACGCCGAGCAGCGAGCGCUUCUUUCCAGAGACAAGCCUAAAACUCAAGCUCCGCAUCGCGCGGAGCCCGUUACGUCACCGACCAGGGGCCGCGACAGCAGGAGACGCGGCCUAAAGGACGUCUACGCAGAAGUGCUCCACUUCCAAACGAUAUGUUCGUGCCUGUGGUACAGGAGCCGGGAGAAGAUGGUGAUUCUUCCGCAGGACUUGUCAUUCACAGACGCACUCAUGGAACAGGGAGAUUUGUCGCCCCAACACUUCUUUGAGCCCAGUCCUACUGGCUGUGUGUGCAGCCCACAAAGAUGUUCAGCCAUCAGUACUGUAUCCACUGAUCUACAGAGCGUGUCAGCUUUUAGGCUCUGCUCCAAAAGACGCAGUUCAGUUUAA